GCAAUGUUGUGCAAAUUGGAUUUCGUCGUCAGUCAAAGGCAGUUGAUUAUACAGAUUUUAAAAAAUAAUCUUCCUUUGUUUUAAACGAUGGUGCUUUGUUUUUUGUUUCCUUUACGAAGGAGUGUUUUUAAUCGUUGAACAUGCGAUGUAUUAUUUAGGGAAGGCGUUUAAAAUCAGCUUGGAAAUGACAAGCAUAAAAUGCCGUGUGAUUCUGUAAUAAAAAGGAACAAAACUAUGUGCGAUUAUUUUUCGUGUCAUAAAUGUGGUAGGUUUUAGGUACAAAACUAUACAGAUAAGUUUGCAAGUAAUGAUAAGUACUGCAAAUUAAUUUGCAGUUUUAUUGUAUAAAUUUUCCGAAGAUUAAUAUAAGCGAUGGAUUAUAACAAUUUUACUUUUCUUGAAAACAGUACAAGGGAAACUUUACGACAACAAGGUACAUCAGCUGUGUUGAACUAUAGUUCAUUGUAUAGAAUAAUUUCAUUAACUAUAAAUAUAAUACUUUUUCUCGUCGGAAUCGUCGGCAAUAUUCUAGUCGUCAUUGUAGUUGUCCGCACACGAAGUAUGAGAACUCCAACGAACUGCUACUUAAUGAGUCUUGCCGUUGCCGACUGUUUGGUGCUCAUGUCGGCAACAUUGCCUGCAAUACCCGAAACAUUUUACCAAAUUGAUGAAUGGCCAUUUGGGCGUGUAAUGUGCUCGUUGUUAGUUUUCUUGCAAUAUCUUGGUGUUGAUACUUCGGCUUUGUCCAUCACCGCAUUUACAAUGGAACGAUAUAUAGCAAUAUGCCAUCCUCUACGAUCACAAACAAUGUGUACAGUUAAAAGAGCGAAACGAAUAAUUGCCGGAAUUUGGAUUUUUGGAAUUUUAUACUGUUCGCCAUGGCUGGGUUUGACUGUUCUUUUGCAGGAACGAAGAGCACAUACUCUGGUAGAUGUAUGUCGGGUAAGAUUGAAACGCGAGCAAUAUACGGCCUAUUAUAUGACAGAUCUUAUACUUUUCUAUAUCAUUCCUCUUCUAAUUGCUGCUGUAUUAUAUGGACUUAUCGCCAGAAUUUUGUUUAAGACGAAUAUUUCACAGGACAGUUCAGACGUAGUAAUGAAUGGUAAAAGGAGCAGAAAGCGUCAGAUUACCUCUAGAAUGCAGGUUGUUAGAAUGUUAGUGGUCAUUGUCUUUGUCUUCAUGACCACAUGGAUGCCAUACAGGACAAUGGUUGUUUACAACUCCAUUGCGCAGAAAAAAUACCUGGAUCUUUGGUUCCUAAUGUUUAGCCGGACAAUGGUUUACAUUAACAGCGCUAUCAAUCCGAUCCUCUAUAAUGCCAUGUCAGUCAAAUUCAGACGUGCCUUUAAACGAAUACUUUGCUGUGGUCAUACAGGAAACGAGCCACAUAUUUCCGUGUAUAGCGAAAUAAAUAUGGAAAAUGCGAUGAUUUUAUCCCGACGUCAAGGUUCAGUGUCUAAGAUGCAAAUGCAUCUUGCUUUUACUGGAAGAUCCCAGUCAGUGGUACGAAAUGGUACUGGUGCGAGCUACAUUGAAAGCGGAAAACAUGAUGAAUGUCGUAUUAAAUGACAGUAUCUUAAAUCUAUCGACCAUAUCCGUCAACAUAAAACAUAUUGGACUACAUAACUUGACAUAAACAAGAUAACGCGUGCACGUUUGAAUGCGGGACAGAACAAAUUCUGGAAUGAUAUAUCUUCCAAAGUCAAUGGACAUUUUUAUUGAAUAAAAGGUACAAAUAUUUAUAAUCGCAAAUCGCUUAAAACUCAAAUGUUCUACAUAAAAUCUUCGCAUGAAUUCGAAUGACAUAUAUAUUCAGUUAUUCAAUAUGACUCAAACACAAACUUUUAAACGGAUAUUUAUAAAGACAUCGAUGUAGAACUUUGUCUAAAAUGCUUUGAAUUAGAACUGUUCAUGACAGAACUGUACACGACAGUUGAGUAUAACUCAAAAGUUAGACAUGAAGUAAAGAGACAGCUGAAUAUUACUAAGAUGAGCAAUAUGAAAUUACAAGACAGUUGAAUGUCACUCGAGGUUCUCCCAUAACUCACAUGAAAAUUGAACAUCAGUCGAAAUACCGGAAAUAUAUCAAAUGUGAAAAUGAAAUAAAAAGGCAGGUGGAUAUAACUCGAAGCUCGCCCAGAAGACAAAUGAGAGCUGAACGUCACUCUAAAUACAGGAAAUAUAUAUCAAAUGUGUCAAAGAAAUAUCUAUUGAAAUCUAUAUGAAGACUAUUUUGAGGCAUAUAAUGCAACAAAUCAAAAUACAAAAUGAAAAUACUCAUUUAAUUUGAUCAUGAGAGGUAGUAAAAUAGGCCUGAAUUUUUAUGCCCCUUAAUAUCGGCUUAAGCAGAAUUCUGUUAUAGAGAUAUUAAUGUUAAAUUAGAUAUUAAUGAAUCGACUCUAUAACCAGGACUAGAAUAUGAAGCACACUGAGACAACUACGAACGUGUAAGGUAUGGUGGAUUCCUAAAACCAAGACACCAAGAAUAAAACAAGUACAGCAAUAAAUGAUUCAUGUUUUUAAUUACGUGUGUUUGCAAUUAAACAUUCUCGACUAAUGUGUAACAUAAUUUAAAGUUAUAUGGUCAUCUGUUUAAUAUUCCGAGAGGCUUUAAAACAAGACAGUAGAAAUGUUAAAUGGAUAUGAUAACUGAAAGCUGAAGAAUCCAGUUACGAAACUGACAUCGAUCGUUGAACAAAAGCUGUGCAAGUACACAAGAACAUCCUGGUGUUGUGUAGUUUGCCUGUGCUUGUUUGUUAUUUAGCAUUGACCCUAGACAUACGUGAUAACUCAGAUCAUAAUUGUAAAUACACGACUGUGAAGCUAAAUAUAAAGUUUAUCUAUAGAUUGUUGAAUUACAUAUUGUAUAUAGCGAUUGUAAAAGUUUAUAUUGCCGUUUAAUAGAGGACUAUAAUGAGAUAUAAAGCUGAUCAGUUAUAGAUUUGUUGGGUUUUAGUCACAUCAGCAGUUUUGUUCACAAAGAAGUGAUAGGAAGAAAGGAACGGUGAUACAAAAUGACUUUGUUUAUUCUUAUCUUAUGACACCGACUAGACCUAUACAGUUUUGAAAUACACUGUACAUAUAGAUCAUUGUUAUAUAAAUCUUUGUUGAAUUACUGUAAAUAAUUAGAUUAAGUUUCUGGAAUUUAUGACAAGAGGGAUGAUUUUAAUUUCAGUAUUGUAAAUUUCCCCCAUUUGGAUGGAGAUGUACCCCAGGCUACAUCUUAUAGGGUAUAUAUUUCUCAGUUAAUUCGGUUUGCAAGAGCGUGUAGUCAUGUUGAAAAUUUCAAUGAACGUAACUUAUUUAUUACAAAUAAGCUUCUUCAACAGGGCUACCGUUAUUAUAAAUAACGUAAAUACUUUUCCAAAUUUUACUAUCGUAAUUCAGAUUUGAUUUUAAAAUACAAUAACAAUUUAAAAUCACUUCUGCAAGAAGGUAUAUCAAAACCCGCUUUUUAUGGGGAUGUGGUUUACAAACUUCGUAAGAUUUUGGGUCAUGACAA